AUGACAGAUGAAUUGACCCACAGUUUUUGGAGAUCCUCCGAUAUUGGAUUCUCUUAUUCUAAUUUGGUAGGAAGAUCGGGGGGAAUCAUUACCUUAUGGAGGAAGGAUAGGAUGGAGGUCUUAUACAGUUUCAAGGGUGAAGGCUUUUUGGGUUUAAAGGUGAGAUGGAUGGAGAACACUUAUUACAUAGUUAACAUUUAUUCUUCUUGUGAUUUGUCCAAGAAGAAAUCUUUAUGGGCGGAUUUGCUUGCUUUGAGGUCGAAGAAGGGCGAUGGCGAAUGGAUUUUGGGAGGUGACUUUAACGCAAUCAAGAAUGGGAGGGAGAGGAAAGGAAGGGCGGUCAUGAGCAAUAAUAGAGAACACGAGCUUUUUAAAGAGUUUAUUGAUUUGAGUGGUUUGGUGGAUGUUCCGUGUAAAGAGAAAAAUUUUUCUUGGUUUAGCGGCGAUGGUAAAUCGAAGAGUCAGAUUGAUCGUUUUCUUCUUUCAAGCACGGUGGUAGAAAGGUGGGACGUUAUUGGUCAAAUGAUUGGGGAUAGAGACAUCUCGGAUCAAUGCCCGAUUUGGAUCAUGUUGGAUAACAAAAAUUGGGGACCAAAACCAUUUAAAUUCAACAAUGAGUGGUUUUCGUCGGAGGCUUUCAUUCCGUUUGUAAUGAAGGAGUGGAAUAGCUUUGAUGUUAAAGGUAGAGGUGAUUUCAUUUUGAAGGAGAAAUUAAGACUUUUCAAAGAGGUUCUUAAGAGGUGGAAUAAGGAGGUGUUUGGUAAGAUCGAUUUGGAGGUUGAAGAUGUUGUUCACGAAAUCAACGACGUUGAUGAAAGGUUACAUUUUAACUCUUUACCAUUCUCGUUCGAUGAAGAUGUGAUCCGUAGGAAAGAAGCUUCUUGUAGCUUUUGGAAGAAUCUUAGGAUUAAAGAAAAUAUGCUUUUGCAAAGAUCUCGUUUGAGUUGGCUUAAGGAAGGUGAUUCGAAUAGUGGUUUUUUUUCACAAAGUUAUGAAACAAAGAAGAAGAAGCAAUCAUAUUGGCCCGAUUUUUUCUUCGAGAGGUUUGGUGGAAACGGUAGAAGAUGUUAG